UGGCCAUUAAACAGUCACUAAUACCAUUAGUGACAGAGAACUGCCAUCCAAGACAAUCCGUAGCCAUACACCCCUUACAACAGUCUUCGGCGGAGUUGAUUCCAGGAAUAAAAAAAAACUGUGCAUCCACUACAAAAUUGUCCCAUCCUGGAGCAUGGGGAGCCGAACAACAUGGUAGCCUGCAUUCAGUUUUUGUAAGCGUACACUUUUUAGUUUCCACACAAUCGCCAUCUCCAAAACCGUUACCAGCACUACAACUUUUUUUUAUGAGAAUUUCACUUUCACAAUCACAAGUGAGAACGGGAGUGGGAAAAGCGGUGCAAGAGGUUGAGACCGUCGUUGUCGUCGUCUGUGUUAUUGUUGUAGUUGAACAUUUCAGAGCAUCAGCAAUGAUACUCGAUGCCAGCAAUACCGAUAGGUAA